AUGAGCGCCUCCGCUUCCGAUAUCAUCACCUACAUCGGUGUGCCCCUGGCCGUGCUUGGCGUACUUCCCAUUCUGUACAACACCAUAGCGACCCUUGCUGCCCGUUCACGAAUUCUGCGUAUGCUCCGGCAUGCCCGUCUAACAGCCCUUACCCGUUCGGAUGUCGUAAAUCGUGUUAUUGAAGUCGAUCUCCCACGCUACGCCGUCACACCGUGGGACCGUUUCGAGCAUCAGGAAGAAUAUUGGUCUCUCGCUCGCCACCCCUCUUCUAUCCCAGGCGGUAGCUGGACCACCUUCAACUGGCGCACAAAUAUUAUUGGGCUCAAGACUCAACGCGUCGAAUAUGCCGACCAGUUGCGACAGCCACAGGUCGACGUCAGCUUUGACGAGCUGAUCUGCUAUCUCCUCGACCUCGGUGCUGUUCCCGAUGCUCAUGGUUGGAGGUUGUUGAGAAGCACCGGCCUGUGGACCCCGGUUGGCUGCACUCUGAUGAAGAGCCCUGACGGCCAGCACAAGGCCCUCACCAUUGCUCCUCUAGAAGAUUCAGAUGGUCACUUGUCACUUGCUGUCUCUUGGUCUUCCCAUUGGAUCACUAGGAGCCACGAAUCACUGCCUCCGUACUGGGUCCGCCUGCCGCCCCCUGCUGUGAUCGAGAUCAAGGCCGAUAUCGAAACAAAUGACGACGGAACCGCUGAAAAGGUAGACACGACUGAGGAACCCAAAAAGGCACCCUCCCCCGCGUCCUCUGUCGAUUCCAUCUCCCGCGCCGUAGCUACCAACGGACAGAAGCCCAUAGCUUGUAAGAUCUCCAACCACGGCCUCAUCAGCGCAAUUCCAGAAGAUGGAGACCACCCUACCACAAGCCUUUACAUUGAGCAUGUACGGAUUCGCCCCGGCUCUUCCACAGGGACAUGGUUCGCGAGCGCUGCUACCGCCUAUGGCACCUCCAGCAGCACCAUUCUAUGGAACUACCGCAUCCCAGAAGAUAUCCUCGCCUUUGCUCGCGGCUCUUCCGUCCCCUGCGGCGUAUUAGAGCUGCUCGGCAUCGUUGAUAGUUCGCAGACCCCAGAAUGGGGCUCAAAACACGACGAUAUGAGAGAUCGUAUGGAUCUCAGGGAAAAACGGAUGCGAGAGCAGCUCAGUGCACUCACGGCUGAAUCCCGUUUGAACCCUGCCCAGCGGGAACAAGCCGUUCGAGAACGCAUUCGCAGGGAAAACGACCAGCGGCUAGAUGACCUCCGAGAUCAAAUGCGUCAGGACGUUCGACGCCGAGAGGCUCGAGAGUUCGAGGCCAUCCAGUCCCCCAAGUGGGAUGCCGCCCUAGUCGCUUCCCACAACCUCCGCUGGCUCCAGAAUCACAGCCAUGUGCCCUCGGACCCGACAAGUGGUUCUCUCCGUGCCGUUGCCGCAGGAAUACUGCACCGCAUGAUUCUCGACGGCGCGUUUGCCAACGAGAUGAGCACCGUGCUGAGCCAGUGGAAGACGUGGGCUGAAAACGGGGGAAUGCGCCAGUCGGAUUUCGCAGCUCUGCGUGACGGUCCCAAGCAUUUUGCGCUAGCAAGUCUUCUGGUUGCGGUUAUUAAGGAUGCCGGUAGUGCUACGGAGGAGUCGCUAGGUAUGGACCUGCAGGAGUGCCUGCGUAUGUGGCGGCAGGUGAGGCUAGGCUGA